AUGUCCAAAGAUGCAGCCGAUGCCAAGAUCCGCGUCGAUGCGGUGCGCGACAGUGCCGACGACGCCACCGCCGAGGCUGGCAGCAGCAGCACCCAAGUUCAAGCUGGUGUGCGCAACAUCGAAGCCACGACUGUCGCGUGGAACAAGAAUGCCCUCAUCAUCGCAUAUGUGCUCAUCUGGCUAACGUAUUGCGUCGAGGGCUUGCUGGCCAACACGACCAACGCGCUCACACCCUUUGUCACCUCGGACUUUACCCUGCACUCGCUGACGCCGACUGUCGGUAUCCUCAGUAGUGUGAUUGGCGGCGUCACCAACCUCACUCUCGCCAAGAUUCUCGACGUCUUCGGUCGCCCGCAGGGCUACCUCUUCUGCAUCGUCCUGGCCACGGUCGGCAUGAUCAUGAUGGCCGCCUGCAAUAAUGUCGAGGCGUACGCGGCCGCCCAAGUCUUCCAGACGGUGGGCAACAACGGCAUCCAGUACAGCCUGUCGGUAUUUGUCGCCGACACGUCGACGCUACAGAACAGAGGCCUUAUGCAGGCCAUUGUGAGCACGCCCAAUCUCUUUGUCGGCUUUGUCGCCGGACCGAUUGCGUCGGGCUUUGUCCGUGGCCCCGGCUGGCGAUGGGCGUUUGGCAUGUUUACCAUCAUGGUCCCAUGCAUCACGCUGCCUCUCUACGGCAUCCUGGUCAACAACUUCCUCAAGGCCAAGAAACUAGGCCUCGUCACCAAACCCGACAGCAAACGAACGCCCCUGCAGUCACUUCUGCACUACUCUCGCGAAUUCGACGCCAUUGGUUUAAUCCUUCUCUCCGCUGGCGUCGCCCUCUUUCUACUGCCGUUCAAUCUCUACACUCUGCAGGCACGGGGAUGGACCUCGCCUCUAGUCCUCAGCAUGCUCAUUAUUGGCUUUGUCCUCAUCAUCAGCUUUGUGGUGUGGGAAAGAUUCUUCGCGCCAGUCACCUUUAUCCCGUACUCGUUGCUUCUGGACCCAACCGUGUUCGGCGCGUGCAUCUUGUCGGCGACAUUGUUCCUGAGCUACUCGACUUGGAGCGCCUUUUUCCAGUCGUAUCUGCAAGUGGUCAAGGGUCUCAGUAUUGACGAGUCGACCUACGUCAUUCAGACGUACUCAGUCACAUCCGUCGUCUUUGCCGUCGCUGCGGGCGGCUUGAUCCACAAAACCGGCCGAUUCAAGCCGGCAACGCUCUUCGUCGGCGUGCCGCUGAGCGCUUUUGGUCUGGGCCUUUUGAUGCACUUUCGCGACGCGGAUAGCAGUAUUGGCUACGUUGUCAUGUGCCUCAUCUUUAUCGGCAUUGCGGCGGGAACAAUCAUCGUGUGUGAUGAGAUUGCCAUGUUGGCUGCCGGUGCUCAUCAGUAUGUCGCCGUCUGUCUUGCCGUGCUGGGCAUGUUUAGCAAUGUCGGCGGCGCGAUUGGUUUCACUGUGGCAUCGGCCAUCUGGCAAAACACGUUGCCCAACAAAUUGCUCGAGUAUCUGCCCGAGGAGGAUUUGCCCAACUUGCCCAUGAUUUAUGGCGACAUUAACACGCAGCUAUCGUACCCAAUUGGCUCUGCUACCCGAACGGCCAUCCAGCAUGCGUACAGCGAUGCCUAUUUGCGACUGCUGGCUGUCAGCACCGGCGUUUGGGCAUUUGGCUUUGUCGCCGUCAUCAUGUGGCGCAACAUCAAUGUCAUUGGCAUCAAGCAAGCCAAGGGGCAUGUCUGGUGA